AUGGCGAAUCCGUUGGUCAGAGUGACGCCGCUCGGUCGCGCGUUCGACAUCGCCAACUACCUGUUCCUCGGCCUGUUCGCGCUGUCGAUCCUGUAUCCGUUCUGGACCGUCAUCACCACCUCGCUGGCGUCGCCGGCGUCGUUGCCCGGCCGAGGGCUGCACCUCUGGAACGAAGAGUGGCGUACGGAGGCGUGGGCAUUCAUGUUCAGGGAGAACGCCGUAGGGACCGCCUACCUGAACACGCUGCACCGCGUCGUGUUCGGCACCACCUUGACGCUGUUCGUCACCUUCUGCGCCGCGUACGCGCUCUCGAAGCGCAACCUGCCCGGGCGAGGGGUGAUCACCUUCCUGCUCGUGUUCACGCUGUUCUUCCAGGGAGGCAUCAUUCCCACCUACCUGCUGGUGCGGAACCUGGGCAUGAUCAACUCGCGCUGGGUUCUGGUGGUCAUCCCUGCGAUCGCGGCGUUCAACAUCAUCAUCACGCGCAACUUCAUCAUGACCAUCGACCAGGCGAUGGAGGACUCCGCGGUGAUCGACGGCGCCAGCUACUGGCGCAUCAUGUUCAGCAUCUUCAUCCCCCUUGUCGAGGCCGGUGCUGGCCGUCAUCGCGCUGUGGACGGUGGUAAACCACUGGAACGCGUGCUCCUGCUGCGCGACAUCGUGCAGCGCCUGCAGGGCUUUCAGACCGACGAUUCCAUGCAGCGCCUGAUAGAGGAGCUCCGCGCGCAGGGGAUCGAGCCGGACUGGGCGCGCAUCCCGCACCGAUCGAUCCAGGCCGCGACCACGUUGAUCACCAUCGGCCCGGUGGUGCUGUUCUACCCUUUCGUUCAGAAGUACUUCGUGAAGGGCGUCAUGCUGGGAUCGGUGAAGGGAUAG